GGGCAAAGGAGGGAGGAGGAAUGAGAGAGAGAAGGGGGGGAGGGUAAAUACACCCAGACAGAGCCAUGUCUGACAUCCUCGCUCACUGAAAGAAGGAAGGACUGAUACAAAGCCAGUGCGACCGAGCAGAAGAGAAAGGGGGAAAGGAGGGAGGGGAGGGCAGAGGGAAUAAAUGCAAAAAGAGCGGCGGAGAAUAAAGGGUGAAAAAGAUGCACAAGAGCUGCAUCAGUUCUUGUCCGCAAGGAACAAAAAACAUUGUGUUCGUGAAUGGGAGCUGGUGAGCUCAGGCACAAGGCGAGUGCAAUGAGAAACCAGGCAGACUUCAGUCGCUGGUGUUGCUGAGCACCAAUCCUCUCACCCUCUGUUUCUGCCAGCUAGGAUUGAGCACCGUGUGCGACGUGGAGACUCCUCUGGUUGCUGCUUUCAGGGCUGUUCCCCUCCCUGCUGCCUCUGGCUGUGUUUGGGUUAUGGUCCUGACUGAGAAACAGAGCAUCACCCAGAUGCAGGGCUGCGACUGUAUGGGAGGUUAAGCCUGUAAACAUCAGCAUGGGAGCCAAACAGAUGAAAUGUCUCAGCUCAGCCAGCCCUGCUCACUCCCCCAAAGAGGAGUAUGUUAUCACCCAGUACACUGACACCACUAAAGAAGAAACAGUCCACGAUCAGUCUGAGGACCACGGGGAACCUCGGGAUGACAAAUCUGAGCUGACAGAGAAGAAAUCUGUCACAGAGGAGGUGUCUCUGUGUGGAUUGUGUCCCUCCCUAGGGCAUGAUGGGCAAGAGGAAGAGAAGUCCUGGGAGGAGCAGCUGGACGCCCACCAGGAGCAGCUGGAGAAGGAAAUGCAGGAGGCCAGGAGGAUGGUUUUCCGCCUACAGGCUCUGCUGCUCCAUGGCUCCCUCCCGGAGGAGGACCAGGAUGGAUCUGUGAGCUUCGGAGAUAACCGGGCAAACGCUGAACAGCAGCUGGUUCUAAUCCGUAGUCGUCUGGACCAAAGCACAGAGGAAGCCCUUGAUCUCAAGAGGGAACUCAUGAGGCACAAACAGGAAGCACGCCACCUUCAGGCCAUCAAGGAUGCUCUGCAGCAGCGCCUGGCAGUGCAGGAGGAUGCUGUGUUGCAGCUAAAGCAGGAGCUACUGAGGUGCAACAUGGCCAAAGAUCAGCUAGAAGGGGAAAAUGCGGAGCUCAAACACAAGCUGAGUGAACGGAACAAAUUACUCACUGAAUAUGAGCAGCAGCUCGGGAGGAAAGAGCGAAUACUGCAGCAGCAGCAACAGAAGCUCGAUGAAGCUCAACAUAAAGCACACGAAGUCAGCCUUGGAAGGUCAUUCAGGAAUGAAAAUGGUGGUUACAGUAACUCUGUGGCUUCGACAUCUCCUCCAGCAUUCCAGCACAGUGCACCAGGGGAAGAGCUGCAGCUGGUCAGGGAGGCACUGCGUAGUUUGAGGGACAGUUUUUCUGGCCAUGACCCCCAACAUCACACCCUGGACACCCUGGAGCAGGGCGUAUCCAGUCUCAUGGACCGAUUACACUCUUUUGACACCCAACGCAGACAGGAAAGAGGGGAGGAAUUUAAAUCGCCAGGACGCAGAGCCAACUCAACAGACCGCGACUCCUGGCCGCCGAGCUCAAAAAUGGCCCACUCGCACAGCAGCCCGGGAUUGGACACCGCCGUCUCCACUAAAGUGCUCUACUUCACAGAUCGCUCGCUCACCCCGUUUCUGAUUAACAUCCCGAAAAGGCUGGGUGAGGUCACCCUGCGAGACUUCAAGGCCGCUGUGGACAGACAAGGCAAUUUCAGAUACCACUUCAAGGCCCUCGACCCAGAGUUUGGCACAGUGAAAGAGGAGGUAUUCCAGGACGGAGCAGUCGUGCCUGGCUGGGAAGGGAAGAUUGUAGCAUGGGUGGAGGAGGACCACGGAGAGAGGAGGUAGAGC